CCACCCCACUAUAAUAGCCACCAAGCAACGCCACACCCGAUUCCGGAUCCCAUAGAAGAAAAGGAUUUCAUGUCCUUUUGUGUCGGUUAGUCGUUCAUACAUCCUUCCAACCAUGAGCAAGAAACCCUCAAGAAACCUCCUCAACACCAAACCCUUUUAAUCAACCAACCUUAACCUUAACCUUAACCAAAACAAACACAAACUCAAACAACCGUUAACACCUCCCUCAUCCAUCUCCAAGUGCAUGCACAAUUAACCCACCAUCAUGGGAAACUGCGUUUUCAAGGGGUUGCAACAUGGCGUGUCGGAAGACACCAUGGUGAAGGUUGUCACCUCAAACGGAGGCAUCAUGGAGCUCUUCUCUCCCAUAACCGUCGAGUGCAUAACCAACGAGUUCCCCGGCCACGGCAUCUUCCGGAGCCGCCGCGACAUCUUCUCUGAACCGCNCCCCAAAACCGAUGAGCUCCACGGCGGCCAAGUCUACUAUCUCCUGCCUCUCAAUCCUUCUUCUUCCAAAAGCUUCACGAGACAAUUCUCCGACGUCCCCAUGACGCCGUAUCGAAUGUCCACGUGUGAUAAAAAUAACAAUAACAACAACAAUAACAUGUACUCGGAACCAGAAGUGGUUCCGAGAUACAAUAGUAGUGGGGUGUGGAAGGUGAAGUUGGUGAUCAACCCCGAGAAGCUGUCGGAGAUUUUGUCGCAGGAGUCGCGGACGGAGGCGUUGAUAGAGAGCGUGAGGACGGUGGCGAAGUGCGGCAACGGUGUGCCGUCGUCGGUGGCCAACUCCGAUCAAUGGAGUGUGGCAAGCAGUUGGAAAGGUUCUAUGUCGGAGAAGAUAGGUUUAGAAUAGCUAGCUAAAAUUAAUUAAUUGGUUUGUUUUUUCUUUUUCUUUUUUUAAUCCUUUUUUUGUUAGUGUUUAAGGACCCUCCCUGAUUAUUUUCUUCUACAUUUGCUUUUUGACAACGUGCUAAAUAUUUUAUUUUAGGUAUUACGUGUGUUUGUAUAUAUAUGCAUGUGAAGUGAGAUAUAUAUAUAUUGUUUAUUUCUUUUA